AUGAGUCCGAAUUAUGCAUUUUUUGAUGGAAAGCCAAAAUGGAAUAAGAACUAUCUCAACUAUACCUUUGACUCAAGUGUCACGCCGGAGGAUAUUAUAGGGGUUGGCAUGCCUGGCAGUGUUUUAGCUUAUGCUGCUCCACCAACUAUAGGAAAAAUGCACUUUGAUGCCGAUGAAAACUGGAGCAUUGAUAACCCAAAUGGUGAUCAACAUGACUUGGUAUCGGUGGCUACACACGAAAUUGGGCACAUUCUUGGACUUCAACAUAGUACAAAUGUAGAUGCUAUUAUGUAUCCUUUUAUGAAUCGUGGAAUGGCAAAAGGAAAACUGAGCGAUGAUGAUAUUGAUGGGAUAGCAGCUUUGUAUGCCCCGGCUCGCAAAACAUGA